UUGAUGAUGUCGAAUUUUUUUGGCUUAACAUGCUGGUUACUCAUACUAAUGAUGAUCAUCAAUGAAGAAUUAGUUGAAGGAAGAAUGACCCUAAAUGCGAUCAACAAAGCAAUAAUAAAAACUAUUAAGGUGGAAAAUAAUGAGAUCAUCGAUUGUUAUGAUAUAUACGGACAACCUAGUCUUAAUCAUCCUUUACUUCAUAAUCACAUAAUACAGGAGAAACCAAAUUCGUACCCGAAAGAAAUGAAAUCAAAUAAUUUCAGGACACUUCAACUUACACAAACUUGGCAUAAAUAUGGAUCAUGUCCGGAAGGAACUAUCCCUAUACGGAGAAAAGGAAAAAAUUAUAAUCCAAUAAUUUUGCAUAAACAUGAUCAUCCAAAAUUAUCACCUUAUAGAACUCUUAAUGCAUCAGACCUUCUAAAAAGCCAUGAGUACGCGAUAAUCGAGGUGAAUGGAAAUUUUCUUGGAGCACAUGCAAAAAUAAAUAUUUGGAAACCGGUUAUGGAAACAUCAACUGAAAUAAGUGUAUCCCAAAUUUGGGUUACAGCCGGUGAUGUUGAAGUAAAAAAUACUAUUGAAGCCGGAUGGAUCGUGAACCAACACAUAUAUGGCGACGACCAACCUAGAUUUUUUAUAUAUUGGACGAAGGACGGAUACGAGACUACAGGUUGCUACGACCUCCUAUGUGAUGGUUUUGUGCAGACAUCAUCAGAUUUCUGCCUUGGUGGCAGUUUCACCGAGGUAUCUACUUUCAAUGGUAUCCAAAAAGAUGUCACCUUCAGUAUUCACAAGGACCAAAUUGGUGGACAAUGGUGGGUCCAAGUACAAGGUAAUCCGAUUGGAUAUUAUCCUAGUUCUCUCUUCACAAAAUUAUCAAUGACAUCAACCACAAUACAUUUUGGUGGAGAAAUAUCGAAUCAUAAAAGUAAAGGACGACAUACUUCGACACAAAUGGGUAGCGGUCAUUUCCCUUCAGAAGGUAGAUUGAAAACAUCGAGUUAUUUUAAUUGGGUUCAAGUAGUUGAUGAAAACAACGUGACCAAAGAUCCUGAAAAUGUGAAGACAAUGGUUACAAAUCAAGACUGCUACGGCUUGGAAAUAGACAACAACCACCAUGAUACCAAUGGAUACGGUUUUUACUAUGGAGGCCCCGGUUAUAAUGAUAAAUGUCCAUGA